AUGGCUGAGAACCGCUUGGCGGCCCGCCGCGGGAACAGGUGCAGCUGGCGCCUCUCGGCUGUAUCUGGUUCAGGAAAGAAGAAUAAUUCUGGCAGAAGGAGCUUGGUGAAGCCCAGACUGACUGUGCUCCCUAACCCUGACGAUGACACUCCACGGAUUAUGCUCAGGAGAGUCAUCCAGACCCAACCACAAGUUUCACCUCUAGCACUUCAGAUAUCUAAGCAUGAAGGAACAGAAGAAGCUGAAGCAGAAGUCCCCUCAAAGAGGGUUUCCAGCAUGGGGGGAAUGCAGCUGCCAGACCUGCUUCCUGAGGACACACAGGUCACCACUUUCCAUAUGGCUAAGAAGAGAAAGAAGUUCAGCAUUUCUGAAUUUGAGAGUGCAGCAGACCAACGACUUCCCCAGAACCAAGCUUGGUCAGCGUUGGACAGCACUGCUUUGGCUCGGUCUCUCCAUGUGUCUGUGGGUUCCCUGGUCCCUGCAGACCUGGCUGAGGAGCAGGGCCUGCAGUGGAGGCCGAAGCAGCGCAGAGCCAUUGACCUGGAAGCCUUUGAAGCUGGAGUGGAACAGAACAUGCUGAACAGAAAAGCACAGAGCCACCUCGUGGACUCCCAGCUGGGGAUGCACACAGGCGAUGCGGAAAUCCUGCUGAGUACCACCAGGCUCUUUGUUCAGCCCCAGCUGGAUGAGCACAGCCAGAAUGAGCUUUCUCCUCUCCCACCACUGUUGUUGCAUUCUAAAACUUCACCAUGGAGAAGCAAGAAUUCUGCUGCAGCUGCAGAGGAGCUGAGGCUGGGGAGCCUGGUGUCCAGCGUGGGCACAAGUGAAAGGCAGCUCCAAUGGCAUUCUGGGGACUUAAGCCUUGAUCCUGAGCACGGUGACAGAGCGACUCCAAAACUACCUUCAGACCAGCGAGAACAUCAAGAUCCCUCUCAGCAGAGUAACCCAAUGGAACAGCUUUCUCUUUCAGAGGAGGUGGUGGCUGCCUCUCCAGAACUUGAGAUUACCAUGGGUGGUAGAGCUGAAAAUCUGGGCAGACCUUCUCUGGCUCCUUCCUCUGCAAAACCUGGGAUGAAGCCCUUAAAUGAAGAUAAGCUCGAGGACCAGGCUAUCAUGGUACAAUUGGAUGGUCUGGAAGAAGAGUCUGCUGUGGAUGAAGGUGAAGACCCUGAGAGUGAAGAGGUCUCCCUGCGGACGCCAUCAUUUGUCUGUGCCGCAGCCUGCAAGCCACAGCUGUCAGCUCCACUCCCUGCCAGACCUGCUGCUCCCAAGCUGUCAUCUCCAUGUCCUGCAAAACCCUCUGCUUCCAGGUCUCCCCUGCAGCCACUGCAGGCUAAGCUGGUUGUGAAGAGCUCAGGAGCAUCACAGAGGAGACCUCGUGAGGCUGGGAUUGUAAGCAGUUGGGUGAAGAAGGUGUUCAGCCACUAUGCCAAGAUGCCAGUGACCAGAGAAGCCUUCAGAAUUGUGGAGAAAUGCUCCAAGAGAUACUUCAAGCAGCUAAGCAACGACCUGGAAGCUUAUGCCAACCAUGCAGGGAGGAGGACCGUGGAGAUGGCUGACUUGGAAGUCCUCAUGAGGAGACAGGGGCUGGUGACAGACAGAGUGCCGAUGCAGGUGCUGAUAGAGCAUCACCUCCCUCUGGAGUACAGGAAGCUCCUGAUCCCCGUGGCAGUGAAUGGAAACAAAGUGAUCCCCAGCCAGUGAGUGUGCCUGUGGGGCUGGGAAGGUGGCCUGCUGCCAGAGCCUGCCUGGAGGUUCUCCUGUGGAACUGUUCUGUCUGAUGGGUCUCUACCAGUAAGCAGUGGG